GCAACCACAAGUCAUCCGAUAGCGACCGAGGCGAAGAAAUGGUUGUUCUCUACCUAUCGCUGUUACUCUUGCUCUGCCCCUUCGCACUCGCCCAAUUCUCGGGGUUUAACUUCAUCGGAGCCGGCUAUGACAUCCUGAACGCCAACCCUGAUGGUGAAGCUGAGAAGAUAGGAGCGGUGGACCCUGGCAUCAAGUUGACCAGGAGGGUGUUCUCACUCACAUAUGAGGAGGAGAGGAAGUCACUCUCGGGCGUGUCGAUCCCCGAUGAAGUGGACUAUGCUCAGCGGGACAGCUGCGCCACGCACACACUCGAUACCAUGUUCUUCGGAGGCAAGAGUUACCAGAAGAAGCUCAACACGUCCGUCAGUCUUGGGGGUAACUACGGAGUGCCGGCCCUCCUGGCGUUCUCCUUCAGUGCCAGCGGGCGUUACAAGAAGGAGACUAGCGGAGUCACUCAGAAGAAGACUGUUUACCAUGAGGAGGAGGAGACGUGUAACUAUGGUAGCGCGCGCUACAGGAUGGAGCUGGCCGCUGCCAAGGGCUACAAGUUAGAGGAAGGAUUCCUCCACGCCGGAUGUAAGCUGACUACAGCGAAGUCGAAUAAUGGACAUAUCGACUUCCUCUCAAACUGGGGCACGCACGUGAUCACCGAGGCUAAACUAGGAACGAAAAAGGUUAAGCGAAUGGAGAACAAGUUGUCACAACUAUUCGAGUUCGCCAUGUCAGAUGUUGGUGGUGCCGUGUCGAUUGGCGGAACCUAUCAAGGCGCCGGUGGAGUGCUCAAGGUAGAUGUGAACAAGUUUGACCAGGAGGCAAACCUCGAGAAGUGGCAGACAGGAGAGACGUAUGAAUACAGGAAGGGGACAAGGGAGCGGCCAGAACCCGUCCAUAUUACCCUUGCUAGCAUCGACUCGGUCUUCAUUCCAAGUUUCUGGAAUGGCGCACCAUGUUCAUUCACCGCAGACGAUCUCACCAAGAUUCAACAGAACCUGCGGAAAGCCAUGGAAUAUUAUCCCAGGAUGCUAGGUCUCGGUUUGCCAAAAGAUCCAGUACUGCAGUACAAGCUGUCAUGGCCCAAAGGUACUUACGCCAUGCAAGAAUCCGACAAGGGAUGCCCGGAUACCAGAUGGCUGAAAGGAAGAAGGAUUCAAACUACAGGCGAUGGCAACACCUGGGAGCCUAACGGGAUUCACUGGCCCCAAGGAACUCUCACAGACGGCGAGAUCACGCAGUCGUUUUGCACUAAGUCUCUCGAAGACGGCGAGUUCGCCUGGCAGAAAGGUCAAUAUUGUAUCUUCAAGGUCAAACAAUGCCCAGAUGGUUUCGAGGAAGGUUCCUUGACCUGGGAUGACUAUGGUUCCAAGGAAGAGAACCUCAAGAAGUUUGAUGGCUCAAUGCCAGAAGGGGAGUACGCUAAGAACACGAAGAUAUACUUCUGCUGCAGGAACGACGGUUUGGCAGGCAACCCCAUCUUCUUACCUACUGAGGUACCAUUCUAUCUCCUGGCCAAGGUCAAGAAAUGUCAGAUUGUACAGAACAUGCGCGUCACACAGGAGAUCAUCCGCUGGGAUGAUGAAAACUUCUGGAAUCUGAGUGCAAGGGAUGGCUCGCAUCCUUAUGAUACGUCCCCUAGCGGGAAGAACCAUAAGCUCCAUUAUUGUUAUUACCGGCACUAGUUUUGCGCCUUAUCCGCUAGUACGACGAGGGCGGUUAACGCUCCGUUAUGUCUUAUCGUAUCACUAACUGCACUUGAAACAUGAUACACAUCCAACGACUGGUCUUGACUACACAAACAACACGUUAUAUGACGAGACAGGUCGCUCGGGUUUUUAUCAUGUGUGUCGGCUCGAAACUCCUGAUUAUCACAGGCUUUUCUCAGCAUUUGAAGUAGUGGCAACAUUAAAUCCAGAGAUGAUGACCGUCCAAAAGAAAACCUGUAUUUCACCAGUAGCAUUAAAUCAAUAACAA